CUUUUAUGCCAAUUCCUCCCUAACCCAGUGGGGGAAUUCAUGCUUCGAAUAUUCGUCGUGUAUAUGCUAACUUCUCACACCACACACCUCUCUCUCACUUUUAUAUAUACCAUUCUUUUUCUUUAUUAUCCUUCUCCAUUUCUCACUCCAUUUUUUCAAUCAUAUACUUUGCCAUAGACCAUUUCUUGAAAUUUAAUUUUAUAUAUUGGGUUUCCUGAAAAAUCAAUUCUUGAAACUUUUAUCGUAUUGGGUGUUUCAGAAAAAUCAAAUCUUGAAAUUUUUCGGUGGGAUCAUGAAGUUCUGGAAAAUAUUGAAGGCACAUAUAGAGGAAACAUUGCCUGAAUGGCAAGACAAGUUCUUGAAUUAUAAGGAUCUGAAGAAAGAAUUGAAGUUGAUUUAUCCUAAAGAUGGUGAUAGACCUAAUAAAAGACAGAAGGUGGAUGGUGAUGAUUUGGGGGAGGUGGUUAAAAAGGAGGUGAAUGAUUUUGUGAAGCUGUUGGAAGAGGAGAUUGAGAAGUUUAACAAUUUCUUUAUGGAGAAAGAAGAGGAUUAUAUCAUUCAGCUUAAGGUUCUGAAAGAGAUGGUAGCUGAGAUGAAAAAGACAAAUGAAGAGCUGAUUAGAGUAGGUAGGGACGUCGUGGAUCUCCAUGGAGAGAUGGUUUUGUUAGAGAAUUACAGUGCUCUUAACUACACAGGAGUAGUGAAGAUCUUAAAGAAAUAUGACAAACUCAGUGGUGAUCUUAUUCGUUUGCCUUUCAUCCAAAAGGUGCUCGAGGAGCCAUUCUUUAAAACUGAGGUUCUAAAUAAACUAAUAAAGGAGUGUGAUACAAUUCUUAGUCACCUCCUAUACCAAACUGAGCCGCUUAAAGUCCCAGAAGCAGAAGAAGGUAUUGCAGGAGGUAGCGGAGGAGGAGAAGGAGGUGGCGGAGAGAGGCCAGUUAAAGUUCCUGAAGAACUUGCAGAGAUAAAGAACAUGGAAAACAUGUACUUGAAACUUACAUAUUCAGCACUGAGAGUCUUGCAAGAGAUUCGUAGCGGAAGUUCAACUGUCAGCGCGUUCUCUUUGCCACCAAUGCAGACUAACGAGCUUGACAAGAUCUGGAAGAAUACUCCAGUGGUCGAACAAGUAGCAAAGUAGUGGAUACUUGUGUCUGUGACAUGCUGUUUUUCCUUCUUUUUUCCAGUUAAGGUGCUUGUACAUCUACAUAGAAACAAUGAGUGCAGUUUCCACUACUACAGUACCUUACAGCUGAUAUAUUAGAUCUCCAGUGUAUCUUGUAGAGAUGUUACCUGAUAAAAUAUAUAUACAAUCGUGACUCGUCUACAGCAUUUGUAGUCCAGUGCUAUUAGCUCAAGGAA